CUCUUUGGCUUCGGCGAGGUACUAGCCGCCACCAUGGGCCGCAGACCCGCCCGUUGUUACAGAUACUGCAAAAACAAGCCCUACCCCAAGUCCCGCUUCUGUAGAGGAGUCCCAGAUGCUAAAAUCAGGAUCUUCGACUUGGGUCGUAAGAAGGCCAAGGUGGACGAGUUCCCACUAUGUGGUCACAUGGUCUCCGAUGAGUACGAGCAGCUCUCAUCAGAAGCUCUGGAGGCUGCCCGUAUCUGCGCCAACAAGUACAUGGUGAAGAGCUGUGGCAAGGACGGUUUCCACAUCCGAGUGCGCCUCCACCCAUUCCACGUCAUCCGCAUCAACAAGAUGUUAUCCUGUGCCGGAGCUGAUAGGCUCCAGACUGGUAUGCGUGGUGCCUUCGGGAAACCUCAGGGCACGGUUGCCAGAGUCCACAUUGGGCAGGUGAUCAUGUCCAUCCGCACCAAGGCUUCAAACAAGGAACAUGUGGUAGAAGCGCUGCGCAGAGCCAAGUUCAAGUUCCCUGGACGUCAGAAGAUCCACAUUUCCAAGAAGUGGGGAUUUACCAAGUUCAAUGCAGAAGACUUUGAGGCCAUGGUCACUGAGAAGCGUCUCAUUCCCGAUGGCUGUGGUGUGAAGUACAUCCCUAACCGGGGUCCCCUGGAUAGAUGGAGGGCAGUGCAUACUGAGUAAGGGGGCUGCACUUUUAACUGGUUCUAUUGAGAUCUUGUAUCAAUAAAGUUCUAAGUACAGUUA